CGGGGUGAAGGAGGGGAAACGGUUCCGUGAUCAUUCUGUGCAAUUAUCUAUCUUUAAUUCUAGGAUUUAACUUCGAUGAGAAUAACAAAGAAAUUGACCACGUAAUACCACAAUGUCCUCGAAUGUGAUGUCCCGACUGCUGGUGCUCUCAUCGGUGGGCAUCGGAGGCUAUUUUACGGGCAGCUAUCUCGAACGGCGACGAAUCGCGGAUUCUGCUGGUGAUGGCGAUUAUAUAAACGCCGGUAGACAACAGACGGUGACUCCACGAGACUUUUGUCCCAAACCGGGCCUUCCGAUAUUCGGUACCGUGUCCGCCGCCUCGAUCAUUCCAUCCUCGAACCACACGCCCGUUCCGGCGAGUCGCAUAGGUCAGAUUAUGAAAUACGGAUUCCCCGGACUGGACAAUAUUCGCUCGUUUGACGAUUACGUUCUUUCGUACGACCGGAGGACACGGGUAGCCCACUGGGUGUUUGAGCAUAUGACACCGGACUCGGUCCGUCCGAACGAUGCCGUCGAUCGGGCCAAAUCCGACUUUAAACCGGACGAGAGCGUACACCCGUUCUUCCGGUCGCUUAACAGCGAUUACAAGGGUUCCGGGUUCGACCGGGGUCAUCUGGCGGCCGCCGGUAACCAUCGAUCCGAACAGAAACAUUGUGAUCAGACCUUUUUCCUCUCAAACAUGGCCCCACAGGUCGGUGCCGGUUUUAACCGGGACAAGUGGAACCAUCUGGAGCGGUACGUGCGGAAGCUAACGAAAGACCAUCCGAACGUGUAUUGUUGUACGGGUCCGCUGUAUCUGCCGCGUAAGGAGGCCGAUGGAAAGCUGUACGUUCGCUAUCAGGUCAUCGGAGCAAGCAACGUUGCCGUACCGACGCACUUCUAUAAGGUGGUUGUCAUGGAGACGAAGAGCGGCCAGCUCGAGAUGGAAGCGUACGUGUUGCCGAACCAAAAGAUCGACGAUGCCACCCCACUAACGAUGUUCCAGGUGCCACCGGAGACGAUUGAACGGGCGGCCGGAUUGCUGUUUUUCGAUAAGAUCGCUCGGGACAAGCUGAGCAAAAUCAAUGGCAAGAAAGUGUGA